UGUGUGUGUGUUUCCUUUGACCGAAGUGCACAGUGUGUCAGAUAGAUAUAGCAUUGACUUUGGACUGCUUAUGAGAGUGCCACACAUACAGGUGAAGAUCACACCCAGAUGGAGCUGCCACCCCGGCCCACACUGUUCGACUUCCAUGGAGUCUCCAUGACCAAAUACUUUACUGACAACUGGGACAACAUACAGAACGUCAAAGCAAGACCAGAUGAUAUUCUCAUAGCUACUUAUCCCAAAGCAGGAACCACGUGGAUGUGCUACAUCCUGGACCUUUUGUAUUUCAGCCAGAUGCCACCUGAACGUCAGAACUCAGUUCCUCUCCAUGAGAGAGUGCCGUUCCUGGAGAUACAGAUGCCUGGAUUCCCGUCAGGAAUUGAUGAGCUGAAUGAGUUAACCACCUUUCCGCGCCUUAUCAAGACACAUCUGCCAGUCCAGUUUAUUCCCAAAUCCUUCUACGAACAGAACUCUAAGGUAGUCUAUGUGGCCCGCAACGCCAAGGACAGCGUGGUGUCUUAUUUCCACUUCGAUCGCAUGAACAUGGCCCAGCCAGAGCCGGGAGACUGGAAUAGCUACCUGCAGAGAUUCAUGGACGGAAAAAUGGUGUUUGGUUCCUGGUAUGAACAUGUGACAGGCUGGUGGGAGAAGAAACAGACCACAUCUAACAUCCUCUAUUUGUUCUAUGAAGACCUGGUUGAGGACACUGAACGAGAGCUCAGCCGGCUGUGCUCGUUCCUGGGACUGUCUACCUCUGCAGAGCUGAAGAGACAAGUUACAGAAAAAGUCCUGUUUGACAACAUGAAAAACAACAAGAUGGCGAACGGCUCCACUGAUGAAGCCUUUGAUUUUACGAUAUCUCCUUUUAUGCGCAAAGGAAAAGUUGGUGACUGGAUGAAUCAUUUUACUGUUCAACAGAAUGAGCAGUUUGAUGAAGACUAUGAGAAGAAGAUGAAAAACACUGAUCUUCAGUUUCGCACAGUUCUGUAGCUGCUCAUACUUAUUCUCACCAUUACCACUGUGUGAAAAUACAUAACCAAAAGCCAUGAAAGUAUGACAGAAAGAAGAUUUCGAUUUUUCUACAUUUUAUUUCGAAUAGACACAAAAUGCAGCAAGAAAUACAAGAACAAAAGUUCAGUGAGCAAAAUAAACAAAUCAAGCUAACAC